AUGUCCAGUGACAAGACUUGUAGAGAAGAUGGUGGUGAACAGAGAGUGUCCGAUGACAAGACUUGUAAAGAAGAUGGUGGUAAACGGACAGUGUCCGGUGACAAGAUUGGUAUAGAAGAUGGGGGUAAACAGACGGUGUCCGGUGACAAGAUUUGUAUAGAAGAUGGGGGUAAACAGACAGUGUCCGGUGACAAGAUUCUGAAAGAAAAUGGUGGUAAAGGGACAUUCUUCAGUGACAAAACUCGUAAAGAAAAUGGUGGUAAACAGACAGUGUCCAGUGACAAGAUUCGUAUAGAAGAUGGGGGUAAACAGACAGUGUCCGGUGACAAGAUUCGUAUAGAAGAUGGUGGUAAACGGACAGUGUCCGGUGACAAGACUUGUAGAGAAGAUGGUGGUGAACAGAGAGUGUCCGAUGACAAGACUUUUAAAGAAGAUGGUGGUAAACGGACAGUGCCCGGUGACAAGAUUCGUAUAGAAGAUGGUGGUAAACGGACAAUGUCCGGUGACAAGACUUGUAGAGAAGAUGGUGGUAAACGGACAGUGUCCGGUGAAAAGACUUGUAGAGAAGAUGGUGGUAAACGCACAGUGUCCGGUAUCAAGACUUGUAGAGAAGAUGGUAGUAUAUGGACAGUGUCCGGUGACAAGAUUCUGAAAGAAGAUGGUGGUAAAGGGACAUUUUUCAGUGACAAAACUCGUAAAGAAGGUGCUUGUAAAGGGACAGUGUCCGGUGACAAGAUUCUGAAAGAAGAUGGUGGUAAAGGGACAUUCUUCAGUGACAAAACUCGUAAAGAAGAUGGUGGUAAACGGACAGUUUCCAGUGACAAGACUGGUAGAGAAGAUGUUAGUAAACGGAAAGUGUCCGGUGACAAGAUUCGUAUAGAAGAUGGGGGUAAACAGACGGUGUCCAGUGACAAGAUUCGUAUAGAAUAUGGUGGUAAAUGGACAGUGUCUGGUGACAAGACCUGUAGAGAAGAUGGUGGUAAAUGGACAGUGUCCGAUGACAAGACUUGUAGAGAAGAUGGUGGUGAACAGUGUCCGGUGACAAGAUUCGUAUAG